ACGUCCUCAGAAUAUCAGCGAUGCUAAAGCUAAGCUAACGCUAAGCUAAAGCUAAGCUAACGCCAGCGGCGGGCGGAGUGUCGUAGAUCGCUGUCCCCGCCGUGACGUCGUCCUGGACCGCGUAGAAGACCGCGUUACACUCCUCUCGUCUCUGUCUGGGAUGUAUGGAUGGAUAGUUGACGGACUCUCGUCGCUGUUUGAGCCCGUUACGGGGAAAGGAAGCGGCACCGCGGAGGCACCAACGCGACCCGGCGAGGGAGAGGCAGCACGGCGGCAGCAGAACCACAACAGACCGGCCAAACGGAGCUACCGGAGUGUUGAUGUUGCAGACGGUGUUUCCCAGAGUGACCAGCUAGAGGUGAAAAGAAGGAGGCGAGAUGUAGUCAUUAGCUUUGUGAAGAAGACGGUUGCCGGGGUAGCAAGCCUGCUCAGGCUGCAGAACCCGCUGACGACCAGGUGUGAGAAGCCGAGACUUUAUGAAGACACGCAGGAAUCAACGGUAGCCCUCCUCCAACACUGUAUCCAGUUCUCUUCAUACAUCCAUGGGAAUGGCUACUUAAAGGUUCAGUCCACAUCUUUUCUUCCUGUAACUCUGAUGGGGAUAGAUGAGCUCCACACCUCUUGGCUGAACAGUACUGAGUGGAGAAUGAGUAAACCAGUAGUUGGAGUGAAUGAGAGGAGUGGGAAGAAUCCCUUCCAGAGCUCCUCACCUCCUUUAAUGAGGAAAUACAGCGGGGCAGGGCUGUCUGCAGGGCUGUCUGCAGGGCUUCCUGACAGGGGGAAGGACCGGGAGAGGAGAGCCUCCCUGCAGCUGCUGCCCUCCAGACCUGCUCUGAGGGUGGGAACCACUAACCCUGAUCUAACCUGUAAUGGCUUUGGACACCACCGCUGCUACAAGCCCAGUCUUACUGUGGAAGAGGCCAUAAAGCAGAACAAUAAGGAGCACUACAGGCGCCUGCUGGAGAUGGUAUCAGAGAAAUACAGCAAAAGCCAACCACUACCUUUCAACCAAACAAAACCGCAAGAUGAGAUGCUUUCACAGGCUGAUCACAAAACUGCUGCUUCAGGAAAAGCCUUUGAAUCAGCUCCCAGGAAGACGGGAUAUAUGGCUUCCCCAAGUGUGUUUACAUGGAGAAAUACAUCUGCAACCAAGGACAGGUGGGGUAGCUAUACUUUUAGUAAGACAUUCAGUGGAGCCCUCGAGGACACACAGCCUGUUAGAUGUGCAAAGCAGAAACAGGCAGCGGAUCUGGACCUUUCUACAGAAGUAGCAACCCGCCUCAAUCUAGUGGACAGAGAGACUCCUGCUGUCAGUCUCCCAGACACAUAUUCUGCGCAUACAAGGCACAGUGAUGAGGACAUACCCAGGCUGACCAAGGAAAUGGCAGCAGAGGUGAGUUGUGCUCUGGCUCAGAGUGAUCCCAACCUUGUUCUCAGUGCAGCUUUCAAACUACGCAUCACACAGAGAGACCUGGCCACACUGCAGGAAAGCGGCUGGCUCAACGAUGAGGUGAUUAACUUCUACCUGUCCCUGGUCAUGGAGCGAUGCUCUGGUGAAGCAGUAGGAUUCAAAAUCUACUCGUUCAGCACCUUCUUCUUCCCGAAGCUGCGAGGAGGAGGAGGAGGCGGGCAGGCUGGCGGUCACACUGCCGUGAAGCGCUGGACCAAGGCUGUCGACCUUUUCCUCUACGACCUCAUCCUGGUUCCUCUGCACCUGGGCGUCCACUGGGCAAUGGCUGUAAUUGAUUUCAAGUCAAAAACAGUGAAGUCAUAUGACUCGAUGGGACAGAGACACGAUGACGUCUGUAGUCUUUUACUACUCUACCUUAGAGAGGAGCACAGAGCAAAGAAAGGCAGAGAGCUUGACAGCCCCAAAUGGACUGUUGGAAGCUUGAGGGCCACUGAGAUUCCCCAGCAGAAAAAUGGCAGCGACUGUGGUGUUUUUGUCUGUAAAUAUGCUGACUACAUUGCAAAAGGAAGGCCUCUCACCUUUAAACAGUGCCACAUGCCUCUCUUCAGGAAAUUAAUGAUUUGGGAAAUCCUCAAUCAGAAACUGCUAUAGAGGAUCGCUACAAUCUCAAUUAACCGCCUGACAACAGUGACUUUCUAGAUGUGAGCAGCAUCUGUGUACAAUAAAUACAUGGUGAAGAAAAAGAAAAUGAAUGGGCCAAAGAAGUGGACUCAACUAACCCAGUGUAGCUGUUCUGGUCUGGAGAAAUUAUAAUACUAGUCUUAAAAGGUGAUUAUGGCCCUUUUUCUGUCCGGGACGUAUUAACAUUUUGUAAUCUCUGAGUUGUAAUUGGAGACAUUAUUGGGAUGGAAGAAGUGUAUGUAGUACACAAACUUUGGCACUACUGACCGAAUGGCUUUUUUAUUGACUUUGAAUUGUUGGGUUUUUUUUGUUUGAAGUUCUGCCUGAAGUGCCUUCAGCCCUUUAACACUGAGCUCAACUAAGAAUAUUAUUUUGGAUGUUUGGGGAAAUUACUUGCUCGCAUACAACUCAAAAGCCUGACUUUUGUUAAAUGGGAUUGUUGCCGUGUUAUUUUCCCAUUCCAAUUAUGAUCAACUGAGUGGACAGCAAAUAACUACUAUGCUAUUUAAUCAUUUAUCUCUAUUAAAUAGACAAUGUAAAUCAAAAUACCUCCUUUCCUGUCCCCUUUUCAGAGAAAAUAUGCAUGGUUGAGUGCUUGUUGUAUGUUUGUUUUGCUAUUAUUUAUGACUUGACUGGAUAAGAAAGGGUUUUGGAAUGUGUGUAAUGUUUUUCUCCAUGCGUGGAGCGUUAAUAGAUGUUUCCCAACAUGUAACUUAAGGCGCUGUUACUUCUGUGAAUCUUUUCCAUGAGCAUAUUGCAAGAGGCUACUUAGGGCUAUUACAUUGACUUACAGUAUAGUAUACUGCAUAGCAAUCUACUGUACACACAUUGCAUGUUUGAGUUCAUGCUUUAAAAAUGUGAUUUCUUUGUUUCUUCCUGUAAUAAAGUAUUUCAUUUUUUUUAAA